AUGCCCGAUCUACAGUUCACGAUGGAAGAGGAAGUAGAGGACAAACUUCCAUUUUUGGAUGUUCUCGUCUGCCGCCAAUCAAAUGGCGAACUAGCAACGUCGGUCUACAGAAAACCGACGAACACGCUGCAACUUCUCAGCUACCACAGCAACCACCCGCCACAACACAAACGAAGCUGUGUCCGCACGCUCUACCGACGGGUGGAAACUCAUUGCGGCACGCCAGACGCCAAACUGGAUGAGAUAAAGCUCCUCCGAGAACUCUUCAGAGCCAAUGGCUAUCCGCGGGCAUUCAUUGAACGAAGCCGGAGGCAGCCAAAGAAACGGAAUGAAGAGCACAGUCAGCCAAACUCGUGGCGGAGCAUUCCGUACAUUGAAGGGGUCUCCGAAGUCGUGGCCCGAUCACCCGCGCCACUCGGAAUAGGUAUUGCCCAUAGGCCUGACUCAACAAUCCGCCGACAAGUGAUGCGGCCGAAAGAUCCGAUCCCUAAGCAGUAG